UUGGACAAGAAUUAGAGAUAUGGCUUUACUUGCUGUUGGGGCUAGUAGUUUUACUGCUGAUUUUAGAUUUCAAGUAUCCAAACCUCGUGACAAAUAUUCGGAUUGGGUGCUGAUUUUGAGAAGAACUGAGUUUGUACUUUAUUUUUUUGUUUGUAACCCCUCCCCUCCCUCCAUUUUGUGGACCUGA